AUGUCUAAACUACUCCGAAUAAAAAUGCAUUACAAAAAAGUCAGUUUUGUGCCUUCUCGAAGAAUUCUCGCCACAAGCUCAGUAAAACCUGCUUUUCUGCUUCCCGACGAGGCGAUUGUUUCUUUGUCGUAUGAAUUUAACGGCACGGUGGUACAUUGUGAAAUGAAUGAAAAAGGUACGGCGUUUCUUCUACCGGACAACUAUUCACAUCUGAAGUUCAGCGUGGAAUCGAAUAAAGCUUCUGGAAGACCGUCAACUUCUGCAGGAGCUACAUCUAGAAAAAGACAAAUGAUUGAUCGAGAGGUAGAAUCCAUACUUCUGGACGGAGAUCUGGCGUUCCGAAUAAGCCAACACGCUUGGUAUUAUACCAAAGGAGACAAUUUGAAAAGGUCGGCUAUCCCGGUUGCGAAAUAUCUGUCAAUCACCUAUCGUCGUGGGGAAAACAAGAAUUUGGUGGAAGGAGAUUCUAUCAAACUUUUCUCAUAUAAAAACCAGCAAGUGGUGGUUGAUACUCGCGUAGUACUGGUUCAUGACGCCCAUGAUUUAGUUGUGCUUCAAUCUGAAUCCGCUGAACUCUGCGAUAGGAAUUUGUUUCUCGAAGAGGUUGAACCAAAGAAAGGAAUGAAAUCCGUUUUGAUGAGUUGUUCGGUCAUUCGUGGCGAUGCUUCUCACUUAUCGUUUUCCACAGGAACAAUUUCUAGCGAUAUUUCAUCAAGAAUGCGUUUUUUGGGCUCCAGCAGCUCUUAUGAAGGGAACACCGGUGGAAGCUGUUGGAGCGAGGAUGGAAAGUUGAUUGGGAUGCAGGUUGAGGCGGAUACAACGGACAGUAAUGGUCGACAGGCAUUCCCAUCACACCAAUUCGUGCAUUGA